CUAGAGUCCCAUUUAAUAUACUUGACAAAAAAAUAUCAAAAUAUUAGUAUUACUCUGCAAUGGCCUUUUGAAAUAUGUGGAGAUUGUGGAAUACAAGGAAAAUAUUGUAGAUUCAAGCCCAAAACCAAGGAUAUUAAUGAAACUGAAUGUUUCGAGUCAACAAGACCAAGAUCAGGUGUACAAAAGAGUGUUGUCGUUGGUUUAACCAUUGCAGGAUUGUUUCUUCUCACAAUAGGCGUUGUUGCAGCAUGUUAUGUACAGAAAAGAAAGGUUAACGAUGAUGCGAGAAUUGAGAAAUUUCUAGAAGACUAUAGAGCUCUUAAGCCUUCAAGAUACUCCUAUGCCGAUAUCAAGAAAAUCACAAAUGAUUUUGAAGAAAAAGUGGGGCAAGGGUCCUAUGGAACGGUUUAUAAAGGAACCCUCUCCAAAUCAAACGAUGUUCAUGUUGCUGUUAAGAUGCUAAACAGUUCUGUAGGAAAUAGUAACGAAGGACAAGACUUUAUCAAUGAAAUGGGGAUCAUGGGUAAAAUCCACCACAUCAACAUCGUGCGGCUUGUCGGGUAUUGUGCUGACGGAUUUAGGAGAGCACUCAUUUAUGAAUUCUUACCCAACGAAUCCCUUGAGAAGUACAUCUUGUUUGAUGCUGAGAAGUUGUCGCUCGGGUGGAAGAAGUUAGAAAGUAUUGCUCUUGGCAUUGCCAAGGGAAUUGAAUACCUACACCAGGGUUGUGAACAAUGCAUCCUUCACUUCGACAUUAAACCCCAAAACAUUCUUCUCGACUGUAAUUUACUCCCAAAGAUCUCCGAUUUCGGAAUGGCUAAACUAUGCUCCAAGGAACAGAGUGUUGUAUCAAUGACAACUGCAAGAGGUACAUUAGGAUACAUCGCACCGGAAGUGUUCACUAGAAACUUUGGCAGUGUCUCUUACAAAUCAGAUAUCUAUAGUUUUGGGAUGUUGUUACUUGGAAUCGUGGGAGGGAAGGAGAACCAUGAUAGCGAUGAUGCUGCCAACCAAAUUUAUUAUCCUGAAUGGAUCUACAACCAACUAGAUUGUGGAAAAGAGCUAAGAAUCCAAGUUACAGAUGAUGGGGACGACGUAAUCGUGAGAAAAUUGGCAAUUGUGGGACUUUGGUGCAUUCAAUGGUAUCCAACAGAUCGACCGGCAUCAAUGAAACAUGUGGUGCAAAUGCUAGAAGGAGAUGGCAGCUCACUUGUUGUGCCCCCAAACCCAUUUGCCUCCAUGAAUCUUGAGACGACAAGAGGCACAACGAGCAAAUUUUCUUUCAGUAGCCAACUGGAAGUCAUAGCUGAAUAAGGGGUCACGAGAAAUUCUAUAUAUCAUUUGCUCAUAAUUUGUAGUUUGAGGAACCUAUCUCUCUUGUUUUUAGCCGUUUGUUACAUGUUGUUGUUGGGUUGUUUACCUCCUAAAUACUGUUAUUGUGUGAUUAAUGAAAAUAGUUUUUUAUUAUCCA